GGUCCGUCGGGUAACCAACCCACCCACGUUUUGGAGACACACGUCGUGCGCAUGCUCAGUCCAUCGACUGGAUGGCGUCCUGUGGAAUAAACAACUGUAUCGGCAUAAGAUGAUGACUUCUUGGAGUGACCGUCUACAGAACUAUGCAGAGCUCCCAGCCAACAUGGAUUGUGUCACCCUCAAGAAAUAUCAACGUGAAACUCAUCACAGGGUGUUUGUCAACAGAAGCUUAGCAAUGGAGAAGAUCAAAUGUUUUGGUUUUGAUAUGGAUUACACUUUGGCGGUGUAUAAAUCUCCAGAGUAUGAGGCGCUCGGCUUCGACCUGAUAGUGGAACGCCUGGUAUCCAUUGGAUAUCCGCAGGAGCUCCUCAACUUUGUCUACGAUCCUUCCUUCCCCACGCGAGGCCUUGUGUUUGACACGAUGCACGGCAACCUGCUCAAAGUGGACGCUUAUGGGAACAUCCUUGUUUGCGUGCACGGUUUCAACUUCAUUAGAGGGACUGACAUCAGAGAGAUGUACCCAAACAAAUUUAUUCAGCGUGGCGAUACAGAGCGCUUCUACAUCCUGAACACGCUCUUCAACUUGCCUGAAACCUACCUCAUCGCCUGCUUGGUUGACUUCUUCAGUAACUGUUGUCGAUACUCAAGUUGUGAGACAGGCUUUAUCGAUGGUGAUCUUUAUAUGUCUUAUAAGAGCAUAUUCCAGGAUGUAAGAGAUGCUGUGGACUGGGUUCAUUUCCAGGGGUCUUUAAAAGAAAAGACUGUUGAAAACCUGCAGAAAUAUGUGGUCAGGGAUCCAAAGCUUCCUCUCCUCCUGAGCCGCAUGAAUGAAGUGGCCAAAGUGUUUCUUGCAACCAACAGUGAUUACAAAUACACAGAGAAAAUAAUGACCUACUUAUUUGAUUUUCCGCAUGGUCCAAAGUUGGGUACAACCCACAGACCUUGGCAGUCUUACUUUGACUUGAUCUUGGUAGAUGCCCGCAAGCCUGUGUUCUUUGGAGAAGGGACAGUCCUGCGACAGGUUGACAUAACAACUGGCCGACUCAAGAUUGGUACAUACACUGGUCCCCUCCAACAUGGGAUUGUUUACUCUGGAGGUUCUUCUGACAUCGUAUGUGACUUGUUGGGUGCGAAAGGCAAAGACAUUGUCUACAUUGGUGACCACAUCUUUGGUGACAUUCUGAAAUCCAAGAAGCGCCAAGGCUGGAGAACUUUCCUGGUCAUACCAGAGCUGGCCCAGGAGCUGCAUGUAUGGACUGAAAAGAGCUCUAUAUUUGAGGAGCUUCAAUCUCUGGAUUGUUUUCUCGCUGAGCUUUACAAGCACCUGGAUAGCAGCAGCAAUGAGAGGCCUGAUAUCAGUUCACUCCAGCGACGUAUUAAGAAAGUGACACAUGACAUGGACAUGUGCUAUGGCAUGAUGGGAAGUUUGUUUCGUAGUGGAUCCCGUCCGACUCUAUUUGCCUCUCAGGUGAUGCGUUACGCAGACCUGUAUGCAGCCUCCUUCAUCAACUUGCUCUACUAUCCCUUCAGUUAUCUCUUCAGAGCUUCACAUGUGCUGAUGCCCCAUGAGUCAACAGUGGAGCACAUCCAUGUGAAAGUUAAUGACAAAGAGUCGCCGCUGGCCACAAGAAACCGCCAUGAGUUAGACUUAAAGGAGGUGGAAUUGAAACGAAACCAAAUGACCCGCUCCGUCAGUGAGAUCCAGCCCCCUCAUUUCUUCCCGAAAGCUCCAGAGGAGAUCACCCACUGCCAUGAUGAGGAUGAUGAUGAAGAGUAGCACGUCGAUGGAAAACGCGUUUUAUUUAUUUUAUUUGAAAGGACAUGUGCUGUAUUCUUUGUUUUGAGGGAAGAGUGUUAUGCUGCUUUCGGGGAAGGUGGGAACUCAGACUUCCCACUUCAAAAAGUGCACUAGAAUGUCCCUUUGAACUGAAAUCGUGUAGCAAAGUCAGGAGAAAAAAAACACGGACCCCAUGUUAACUUCAAUGUGAUGGCGAUCCCCAUGGAGACAGACUGUGAAUGUCAAAACAUAAUUUUCAAGAUUAUAAAAAUAUUAAGCUUUAUUAUUACAUUGAUUUAGCUGUUCAAAAUAACGUCACGUGACACCGCGUGAUUUGUACUGACUGCAUAAACAUGUCUUAUCUCCGUGUCAAAUUAUUUGGUGAAACGAAUGAAAUGUUUUGAAGAUAAGAUACUCUUUUAUUUAUAUAAUUUAGAAAGUUGUGAAGGUUUGCUGAAGGUCAAAAUGUGUUGUGAAUGAACAAGAACAUCACACAAUUGAUCAGAAUCUUUGUUGUUGACAUUGUCCUCGGACGCUUUGAGGUCGGAACUGGGCCAAUCUCGGAUUUGCCAUUUUUCUCGAAAGCAGCAUAUGUCUACCAGCGCUGCCAUUUUGUCUCUGCGGUGAGAUGAGCUUUAUCUCAGAAUUGCUCACACAAAAUAAAUUUGUGAUUUUAAUAUGUAUCCACAAAUAUAUAUUAUAAAUAUAUCAAAUGUGUUCUUAAAUGUUGUGUGUGUUUUGAUCUUAACCGCGCGUGAAUUGUCGAAUGCGCGUUUGAGAAUCUGCGGACCCGCGCAUUUGUGACACAAACGUCACGCCUCAACAUUAACGUGUUGAAAGACCACCCGACUUCUGCCCACUAGGAGGCCGGGUUGUUGUUUCAAUUGAACGAGAACCAACGUGGAAUUUGAAAAACAAAACGAGACUUUAUCUGAUCUUUUCUUAUGCGUAUGUUGUAGGCAAGUCAGGAAACAACAAUUUGUUUUCGUCGAGCUUGUUUUGUCUAGACAAGAAAGACAUUUCUGACUGAUUCCAAUUCUGUGCCAGUGCAGCAGCGGACAAAGAGAAGAAAACUAAACGCAUAAUAACCGAUCUGCUCUUUGCUCUUUUUCCCGUGUUUCACUUUACGCGUGUAACAUGAAAAACAGGAUAUAGCUCGUUCCCGUUUAGUGGAGAUCGCAACAAUUCCUUGUGAAUAAGGAUGGCCUUUCAACAAGUUUAUGUUGAGCUGUGACGUUUUGUAAAAAAUUAAUGUGCCUGUCCGCUGAUCCGCAAACGCACAUUCGACAAUUCACACUCAGUCGUGAUAAAAGCACACACAACAUAAAAGAAAAGGUGGAAAUCACAAAUAUAUUUGUGGACACAAAAAUCGCAUUUGUAUUUGUGUGCAUUAUUUUGACACAAAUCCCUCCCUAUAGACAGAGGGUCGGCAACCUGCGGCUCCGCAGCCACGUACAGCUUUUUUGCGCCACCCUAAUGGCUCCCUGUAGCUUUUUCAAAAAUGUUUGAAAAAGGAAAACUAUGGCGGAGGGAAUUCUAUUUUAACAUGGUUUACACACGUGGUUCCUUCAUUACAAGGCUUUUAAUUUUUUUGCGGC